GAAGGCCUACGGGAAUACGAAGCAAAGCUGCUAAGACUGAUCGACAAGUUAUGCGACGAUACAACUAUCAAAAUCAAUGAGGAAGGAGAUGAGCUAUAUUUCAAACCAGGAUUUUUAAUGGGGAAUGUAAAUGAUGAAGUGAGGAUAAGUGAUUUAGACAAUACUUUUUACUGUGGAAAGGAAAGAAGCAUUACAUACUUCCUUGAGUUCCUCCUUAUGGUAACUCCAUUUUUUAAAAACCCCAUCAAAUUGAAAUUAAAAGGAAUAACCGAUGAUUCUAUUGAUACGACUGUUCAUACGUGUAAAGUUAUAAGCGACCACUUUUUUAAAAAUAUUUUAAAAUUUGACGACCAUUUUUUGAAUAUCACUAUUUUGAAAAGAGGAAUAAAGUCUGACUGUUCAGGGGAGGUUCUAUUCUUUAUGGAUAAUCUGAAAAUAUUGGAUCCUUUCGACAUAAAUGAUGCUGGGGUGGUUAAAAAAAUUACUGGGACAAUUGUUUGCAAUAAAAUAUCUGCUGUGUUUAGAAAUAAAUUGAUGAAUUUCGCCAAAAAAAAUUUACUUAGCUUUACUCCAUAUGUCAGCAUACAGGUGGAGGAUGCCAAGGUUAAAAAUCUCAAAGCGGACAAUCAUUUUAUCUCGUUUUCCUUGUUUGCCCAUACGAAGAAUAAGUGCCUGUAUGCCACGGACUUGUGUGUAGAUGAAUUUUUCAUGAGGCACGCGCGGGGCGUUCUAAGCAGCGGGGGGGGAAGAGGCGAGAUAGAUGACCAAGACGAAGCAAUGGAGGACGAAGCAACGGAUGAAGAAGCAACGGACGGCGAAGCAACGGAUGAAGAAGCAACGGACGGCGAAGCAACGGAUGACGAAGCAACGGACGGCGAAGCAACGGAUGACGAAGCAACGGACGGCGAAGCAACGGGUGACGGAGUAACGGACGGCGAAGCAACGGACGACGAAGCAACAAACAAACUGCAGAGACACCGCAUCGCCGAGGAAGACAAACAGAAUAAAACCCUGCAUGAUGCGGACAUAUACGAGCGGCUGGGAUUUUUUAUAGCCCUAAAGAUGAUGAACGAAAUAAAAGGGCUUCCCUCGAUCGAUUCCAACUACCAGUGGCUGCCCUUGUUGUAUAUGGCGAUGGGAAAUGACUUGGCCGUUUCGAAAAUUUCCUUGAGCAUUGUAAAGCCGUAUUCCAUUGCGCUGAUUAGAUUACUGAGGGACUUUUUCAACGUCGUGUUUGACAUUAAGAAAGUGGAGAAGUCCCCAAUGGAUCACUCCUACCUGAUUAAGUGUGUGGGCAUAGGCUAUCGCAACAUUUCGAAGAAGACCUUUUAG